UCAGUCUAUUUUAUAUAGCGCCUUUCAUGGUGGACCACCUCCACAAAGCGCGUUACAAGCUACAGUAACAAGAAGAAAAUCUACAACACUUGAAAGCGUUUUCAAUGGAAGCGAACGAGAAAUGCACCUGAAGCCACAAAUAUCCUUCAAUGAUUCGCUUCUAGAGCAAUCUGUGAAACUAUGAGGUUUGAAAGUUACACCUCCCCCCUCCCCCCCGUGCAAAGAUGUUCGAGGCUCGGCUGGUGCAGGGUUCGAUCCUGAAGAAGGUUCUGGAGGCGCUGAAGGACCUCAUCACGGAGGCGUGCUGGGACAUCAGCUCCAGCGGCAUCUCUCUGCAGAGCAUGGACUCGUCUCACGUCUCGCUGGUGCAGCUCACUCUCCGCAGCGACGGCUUCGACUCGUACCGCUGCGACCGGAACCUGGCCAUGGGGGUCAAUCUGAGCAGCAUGUCCAAGAUCCUGAAGUGCGCAGGCAAUGAAGACAUCAUCACUCUGCGCGCAGAGGACAACGCGGACACGCUGGCGCUAGUGUUCGAGACGAUCAACCAGGAGAAAGUGUCCGACUACGAGAUGAAACUGAUGGACCUGGAUGUGGAGCAGCUCGGAAUCCCAGAGCAGGAGUACAGCUGCGUGGUGAAGAUGCCCUCUGGGGAGUUUGCACGGAUCUGCCGAGACCUGUCCCAGAUCGGGGACGCCGUCAUGAUCUCCUGCGCCAAGGAUGGGGUCAAGUUCUCUGCCAGCGGGGAGCUGGGCACGGGCAACGUGAAGCUGUCCCAGACCAGCAACGUGGACAAAGAGGAGGAGGCGGUGACGAUCGAGAUGAAUGAGCCGGUCCAGCUCAUCUUCGCGCUCAACUACCUGAACUUCUUCACCAAGGCCACGCCGCUGUCCAAGACUGUCAUCCUGAGCAUGUCCCCUGACGUACCCCUGGUGGUGGAAUACAAGAUCGCAGACAUGGGUCAUGUGAAAUACUACCUUGCCCCCAAAAUCGACGAGGAGGCGUCCUAACCAAGCCCUCGCAGCAGAGGGUGCUCUGCUUACCUCCGUGUGACCCAACAGCAUUGAAAGGAGUCUCUUGUACAUUUACGCCCCCACCCCCUCCUCCAGUGUGCCUCAGCAGUUCCUCACCCAGUAUGCCUCAGUAUUUCCACUGUGACAAAAUUGCUCUCUUCUAUUGAGUGGACAUUUUGCCCAUAGUGGGGUAAAACAUAUAUAGGCCUUUCAGUCCAUUCCACUACUCACUCCAUCCCAGGUCUUGUGUGAAACUAGUCGCUAACCUGUCACUCUCACAGUGCAAACACAGUCCUGGUCUUUCGUGAAUGAAAUGUUUUUAGAAUCUACAGUGUUCUACACAAGUGUGCUGAGAAGUGUUUGCUGCCAUUUUUAAAGGCACUUAACCAGUAUGUCACUGAUCCUGGAUUCCCCUGCCUAGAUUAAAAUUGGAUAGUCCCAGAUUAUCAGGGUCUGUGAAACCAGUUGGUGGUGGUCCCAUGGACCACUUUAACUGAUAUUGGCGGGGUCCGAGAUUAGUGAAACCAGGCACUUAGGAGAUCAGCUACAGGGGAGGACAAUGUGUUUGUGAUUUUAGAAAUUGAAUUCAUGCAAGAAACAUUUCUUGGACUGUAUACAAGCAGCUGUCCAUGCAUUUUGCUUGUGCAUCUUGAUACACAACGCCUGUGCAGGAUAAACGGUCAUUGCACCCCUAGCUUUCCCAGUGUGCAGGAUCCCUGACGUGGACUCUGAUAGCUGUCCACUUUCGACAGCACUUCUAAAGAUGUUUGCUAUGGGUGCUUUAGUCCCAGCUUGUAGAUAAGUAUUUUUUUUUCUGUAAAUAUAUUUUCCAACGUCCAAUUUUGUUAUCCAGGAUAUAAAUUUCUCCUUUUUUUGUUUUGUUUUUUUUAAGCCCAGUAAACAUUUAAAUAAAAAAAAAAACUGAA